AAUGGAGUAAAGAACUUGGGCAUAUUAUUCAAUUGAAAAUGGGUGUUCAAACUUGGGUAUUGAUAUCCGAUCCUGUACUUGCUCAAGAGAUUUUUAUGACUCAUGGUGUUACAACUUCUGACAGACCUCCUCAUACAUUCUUUUAUUGUUAUAGUCAUGGUGGAAGAGGCGUGGUUUGUUCUGAUGCAAACAAACGAUGGAAAAGAGCAAGAACUGCUGCAUUAUCUGUCCUGGCACCACAACGCGUCAAUCAAUUUACUGAUGUUCUAUUGUAUGAAGCAGAUGCUGUGGUGGAAAAACUUGUCUCUCAUAGUCAAUUGCAUGGUCAAGUGGACCCUAGUACCUAUGUACAAAGUGCUGCCAUGAAUGUGAUUUUAACUACUUGUUAUGCAACUCGUGUCAAUUCAGCGGAUGAUCCAUUAUUCAAAGAAAUCAUGGAAUGCGUACAUGUAAAUAUGAAAGUGGCUGGAGCAGAAGGUGAUAUUUCUCAGUUUUUCCCCAUAUUCUCGAUAUUGGAUGGACUUGUGGGCAAGAAACGAGCGUUUAUUGACUUCCUUGCUAAUAUUCGUGAUCCUCUAGUUACUCGAUUGAUUCAACAAGCUGCAUCAAGUGACAAAGAUUCGAUGGUUAAAACUUUUUUGGCCCUCAAGGACGAAUAUGAUUUGGACGACAAAGAUAUCCUUGUGAUUCUAACGGAUCUUAUUGUCGGUGGUACUGAUACUGUUUCUGUCUCAUUGUCUUGGAUGAUCGCUAUUUUAUCCCAUCAUCCUGAUGUUCAAAAGAAAAUACAAACAGAACUUGAUGCCUUUAUUCAAACACAUGGUCGUCUCCCUACCUUUGAAGAACGAGAUCAAUUCCCUUAUAUUAUUUCCGUACAAAAGGAAUGUAUUCGUUACAGAUCUAUCACUUCCUUUGGUCUUCCUCAUAUGGCUAGUAGUGAUUUGGUGGUUCGUGAUUAUUUUAUUCCCAAAGGUACAAUAUUGGUGAGCAAUCUUAAUGGUAUGCACAUGAAUCCAGAUGUCUACUAUGACCCAGAGAUAUUUAAACCUGAUCGUUUUUUGAAUAACACUCGAACAAUGUCAUCUGCAGCCAAUGGUAACAUCAAACAACGUGAUCAUUUUAUAUUUGGAUGGGGAAGACGUCUUUGCCCUGGUAUUCAUUUGGCUGAGGUAGAAAUGUUCCAUAUCUUUAUUCGAAUUUUCGCAUAUUCAAGUAUUGCAGCCCCACUGGACAAGGAUGGCAAAGAAGUACCAGUUGAUUUGGAUUCUGGUAUCAAUGCUGGCCUAGUGACUUUACCCCUACCUUAUCAAGUCAGAUUUAUCCCUCGUACUGAUUCCCCUUUGAAAAUAGAUAGUUUUAAUACUCAAUGAAUAUGAAAUAAAUAAUCCCUUUUUGUUUACAUUUUUA